GUUGGACAAUCCCUACAUCAUUCAAUGAUAACGUUGAGCAUACUAGUGUGCAUUCCCAAGGCAACUCGAUAGUCCCGUUAAAGAUGAUACGGAGCCUGAGACGAAUGCCGGAUGUUCCUCAAAAAGCCAGAUCUCACUGCUGGCUCCCGCCCAACGCUUGCCGAUGAUGAAACUUUGCUGGUGGUCCAGGAUGGCGUUGGACUUUAUGAAGGCAAAUACAAGAUUGCUAGCUGCCAGAAAGGCCAUGCCUAUUUGACUUCUCACCGGGCUUGUUACGUCGACGACGCGGAUCCUCGAAGUAACUCGUGGGCUGUCGACCUGAAAGAAGUUGAGAAAUAUGAAUUUCAGGCUGGAUUUCUCAAAUCAUCGGCCAAGAUCACCCUGUUCCCGAAGCCGUUGAAGCGCGGGUUUGGCAGCGGAACCAGAUCCGUUGCGCCUCAACCACUACAAUUCCAGAGGCUGGCAUCGUCAUCUUCGCCAACGUCCAGAUCAACAAGUCCAUUCCGUUCAACGACUGUCUCUACGGCCAUCGAACCUGUUGUGGUGGGCACAUGGGUGUGUCCCAUUUGUUCAUUCUCUAACCCUGUACCCUCGAACUUCGAUCCGACCAUUGCCACGGAGGCUUUCCCAUUGCCACCCUGCCUCGCAUGUGGCAUCAAACCUCCCUUCGCCUUGGUUCUCAAGGCGGCCAUCGCUGCAAACGCAAAACGAGUCCCAGAAAGUGGGAUUCAAGCCUCGGAUAACACCGAGGCGAUCAGAUCAACAGCCACUCACGAUGAUGGCAAUAUCAGCGAUGACAUUACCUGCCCUCGGUGUACAUUUCGCAAUCAUCCUGGUAUGCGAAUAUGCGAACUCUGUUCUGCUCCACUCCCAGUACCAUCCUCGAUACAGCGUGUGGCCUUUACGGAAUCGAUGAAUAGAUCCGAAUCGCCCGGGCCCGAGAUAGCCGGACUGUCUCUGGAGGAAGGGCAGCAUGAGUCGAUAUGUGUAAAGUUCUCAUUCCGCACAGGUGGUGAUAAAGUAUUCUAUGAGCGACUCAAGAACGCCAUGAUCCAGCGCAAGUGGCUCUUGCAAUCCGCGCCACCAAUCCCACACGCCGAGAUUCGGUCCCCAACGCCAACUGAGAGCGCGAGUCCUGCGCCCCUAGCAGGGCCGCGUACAUCCGCUGUUGGGAUUGCUGGCCUCGAACGGCGAGGGUUGGAGACCCGACGAAACAAUGAGACCGUUCUGGGCAAUGCAUUUGGGGAUCUGGAAGCUCUAAUGGCUUCCGCGAAGGACAUUGUUGCCCUUGCCGAGAAGUUUGCAGCAGAAUCGGGAUCAGACUUGGGCCUUGCGGGGACAUCAUCCGACCCUCUGCUCUCACGCUCCGCCGCUGCAUUGGGGAUGGUCACCACCAAGGACAUCCUCGGAGAUAGCUCGAAUACACUGUACAUCUCUGAGCUGGCACGAAACCUUGCAGAAUACGCUACAGAUGAUAGGAGAGGUAUUCUACGCAGCCAAGGAGGUACAAUGAGUCUGGUCGACUUUUGGGCCAUGUUUAACCGAAGUCAGAAUGGACUGGAGCUGGUGAGUCCUUCUGACUUUCAAAAAGCUGCGGAAGCCUGGGAAAGACUCGGACUCCCCGUCAAGAUGCGAAGGUUCAAGAGUGGGCUUUUGGCCGUGCAACGAAGAGAUGCUAGUGACGAAAAGACCAUCAAACAGCUGAGGGAUUGGCUGGACACUCUACGCUCCUCUACGCCGGAAGACGUCCCUACGUGGGAAUGGUCUACGUUUGGAUUCGGCGUGACGGCUCAGCAAGCAGCUGCGAAGUUUGGAUGGAGUCUAGGAGUUGCGGUGGAAGAAUUGGAGAUGGCGGAAGAGAGAGGUGCAUUGUGCCGGGAGGAGGGUGUAGAAGGAUUGAAAUUCUGGCUCAAUUUCCUGGUUCAGGAUGAAUGAAGCGGCGGUACAAUUGUGCAAUUGUUAUGAGACGCAUGACAUACUCUGCGACUAGAUGGUAUACCGAUAUGAAUGCGAC